UUUUUAUUAUCAACAUUCAACAGUCAUCACUGCUUCUCAUCAUCACCAACCUCUUCUACCACCUUCUCCACCACCACCACCACCACCUGCUCUCAGUCUCUAUCCCUCUCCCCACCUCAAUACUAGAAAUCCAUCGGCCUUUUUCCCCUUUACAAACCCCACCACCGUCUACUUCCAUGUCUGCCUACAUCACCACCAACCUCUACAAAAACCUAAUUCCAUAAACCAUCCUCCACCUUCAUAAAUCUUAAUUUCUUUCUCUUUCCCUUUCUUUAUUUUUUCUUUAUUUAUUUUCUUUUAAACUUCAAUUAAAUGUCUGAGCCAUGGACAUAGCCCCAACAACCACCUCCACUAACAACAAUACCCCAACUGCAAAAUCCCCUGACCUGGAGUCGGAAACGCUUCCCCGAAUCCAAUCACCUAAUCCCGUAUCUUUCACCAACGGUGUUCUCAAACGCCACAGCUCCCACCACCACCACCUCCAUCUUUCUCCUCCUCCGGUAGUCAUAACUUACAAAGAAUGUCUCAAGAAUCACGCUGCUACCCUAGGUGGUCAUGCUCUAGAUGGAUGUGGAGAGUUCAUGCCUUCUCCCACAGCUAAUCCCAACGAUCCCACCUCCAUAAAAUGCGCUGCCUGCGGUUGCCAUCGCAACUUCCACCGCCGUGAACCAGAAGAUUCCCCUCCCCCGACAAAUACCACCACCACCAUUGAGUACCAGCCUCACCACCGUCACCAUCCUCCGCCCCCACCUCCACAAGCAGUACCACAACCUUAUCGAAGCCCCAAUUCUGCCUCUCCACCGCCGAUCUCCUCGUCAUACCCCUCGGCGCCGCACAUGCUGUUGGCGCUCUCAGGAGGUUUAUCUGCAGGUUUAAAUGGCAAUUCGACUAUAAACGUUCCAGGUGGUUCUUCGGGGAGAAAACGUUUCAGGAGCAAAUUUAGCCAGAACCAGAAGGAGAGAAUGCAUGAAUUCGCAGAGAAAGUAGGAUGGAAGAUUCAGAAGAGGGAUGAAGAAUUAAUUCAAGAAUUCUGCAACGAAGUUGGAGUUGACAGAGGCGUGUUAAAAGUGUGGAUGCACAAUAACAAGAACACUUUGGGCAAAAGGGAUGCUAACGGGAACGGAACUAGAAGCAACGAUCUUGGAAACAGCCACUACACCACCACCACCACCACCACCACCAAUAACAGCAGUGAGAACGUGAAUCAUCACCACCUCUUUGAGAGUGAUAAUGUUGCUCAUGCCGGCACUAAUGGGUCGUCUUCAUCUUCUUGAUCUUUUGAUGUGGAAGAUGAUCAUGAUUAUGAUAAUAAAUAUUAGCUAGAUGAUAUAGAGAGUAAGCAUGGUAGUAUUGUUUCCUUCUUUCUAAUUUCUCUUUAGUUCUUUCUUUCAUCUUCUGAUUUUUCGUUUUUUAGUUAAAUUAGUGAAGAUCUCCACUUUGAUGAGGAUUUUACAUGGGGAGAAGAUAUCGAUCCAAAGGUGCAACAACAUUUUAAAUUUAAGGUUUCAUUAAUUGAUCUGUUUUCUUUGUUC